GUAUACUGUUAGAACUACCGUAAAAACAAGUUAUAGUAUUCGUCAUAAAUCAAUAAAAUCCUGAUAAAAAAAAUUGUUUGUUGGUCAAAUGAAUUUCGUAAAAAUAAAAAAACGAAUUGAAUUCUUUAUAAAUAUAUUUUUAAUACAAAAAUCUGAUACUUUCAAAAAUGUUAAAGAAAACCAACCAAUCACCUUUCAUCUAACAUUCUUACUUAUCUGCCUAUAUAAGCAACUGCCAUUUCUAGACUUUCUUCACCUCAUCUUCGUCUCUACGUUCCAAAAACCUCUCUCACUCUCUCUCAUUUCCUUUCUGUUAAUACCUAAUCAGAUCAAACCGAACCAAACCAAACCGGUCCGGUCUUUCUCUUUGCUAGUAGUAGCUCUCGUCUCAUCUCAGAAAUGGCGUUGCAAAACGAGGACAAGAAGAAAGAAGAAGAUAAAAAGACAAAGAAGAAGUGGCAAAAGAGUUACUUCGAUGUUUUGGGAAUCUGUUGUACAUCGGAGAUUCCUCUGAUCGAGAAUAUUCUCAAGUCUCUAGACGGAGUUAAGGAAUAUUCCGUCAUUGUUCCGUCGAGAACAGUGAUCGUUGUCCACGACAGUCUCCUCAUCUCUCCGUUCCAAAUUGCUAAGGCACUGAACCAAGCUAGGUUAGAAGCAAACGUGAAAGUAAACGGAGAAACCAGCUUCAAGAACAAAUGGCCAAGCCCUUUCGCGGUGGUUUCCGGCAUACUCCUCCUCCUCUCCUUCUUAAAAUUCGUAUACUCGCCUCUUCGUUGGCUCGCUGUCGUAGCCGUCGCCGCUGGUAUUUAUCCUAUUCUUGCAAAAGCCGUUGCUUCGGUAAGAAGGCUUAGAGUCGACAUCAACAUCCUCGUCAUCAUAACCGUGGCUGCAACACUUGCAAUGCAAGAUUACAUGGAGGCUGCAGCAGUUGUGUUCUUAUUCACCAUAGCCGAAUGGCUCGAAACAAGAGCUAGCUACAAGGCAAGUGCGGUGAUGCAGUCACUGAUGAGCUUAGCUCCACAGAAGGCAAUCAUAGCAGAGACUGGAGAAGAAGUUGAAGUAGAUGAAGUUAAGGUUAACACAGUUGUAGCAGUUAAAGCCGGAGAAACCAUACCAAUUGAUGGAAUUGUGGUUGAUGGAAACUGUGAAGUAGACGAGAAAACCUUAACGGGAGAAGCGUUUCCUGUGCCUAAGCAGAGAGAUUCUACGGUUUGGGCUGGAACAAUCAAUCUAAAUGGUUAUGUAAGUGUGAAAACAACUGCUUUAGCCAGUGACUGUGUGGUUGCUAAGAUGGCUAAGCUCGUAGAAGAAGCUCAGAGCAGUAAAACCAAAUCUCAAAGACUAAUAGAUAAAUGUUCUCAGUACUAUACUCCAGCAAUCAUCAUAGUAUCAGCUUGCUUUGCGAUUGUCCCGGCUAUAAUGAAAGUUAACAAUCUCAACCAUUGGUUCCACUUAGCACUAGUUGUGUUAGUCAGUGCUUGUCCCUGUGGUCUUAUCCUCUCUACACCAGUUGCUACUUUCUGUGCACUUACUAAAGCUGCGACUUCAGGGCUUCUGAUCAAAAGUGCUGAUUAUCUUGACACUCUCUCCAAGAUCAAGAUCGCUGCUUUCGACAAAACCGGGACUAUUACAAGAGGAGAGUUCAUUGUCAUAGAUUUCAAAUCGCUCUCUAGAGAUAUAAGCCUACGCAGCUUGCUUUACUGGGUAUCAAGUGUUGAAAGCAAAUCAAGUCAUCCAAUGGCCGCAACAAUAGUGGACUAUGCAAAGUCCGUUUCUGUUGAGCCUAAGACUGAAGAGGUUGAUGAUUACCAGAACUUUCCUGGUGAAGGAAUCUAUGGGAAGAUCGAUGGGAACGAUGUUUAUAUCGGGAACAAAAGGAUUGCUUCACGAGCUGGUUGUUCAACAGUUCCAAAGAUUGAGGUUGAUACCAAAGGAGGAAAGACUGUUGGAUACGUCUAUGUAGGUGAAAGACUAGCUGGAGUUUUCAAUCUUUCUGAUGCAUGUAGAUCCGGUGUAGUGCAAGCAAUGAAGGAACUGAAAGAUCUUGGAAUCAAAACCGCAAUGCUAACAGGAGAUAAUCAAGAUUCAGCAAUGCAUGCUCAAGAACAGCUAGGGAAUGCUUUGGAUGUUGUACAUGGAGAGCUUCUUCCAGAAGACAAAUCCAAAAUCAUACAAGAGUUUAAGAAAGAAGGACCAACGGCAAUGGUAGGGGACGGUGUGAACGAUGCACCAGCUUUAGCUACAGCUGAUAUUGGUAUCUCCAUGGGGGUUUCUGGCUCUGCGCUUGCAACACAGACUGGUCAUAUCAUUCUGAUGUCAAAUGAUAUCAGAAGGAUACCACAGGCGAUAAAGCUAGCGAGAAGAGCUCGACGCAAAGUUGUUGAAAACUUGUUCAUAUCCAUCACUUUGAAAGCAGGAAUACUGACUUUGGCGUUUGCUGGCCAUCCUUUGAUUUGGGCUGCGGUGCUUGUUGAUGUAGGGACUUGUCUGAUUGUGAUUCUCAACAGUAUGUUGUUGCUGAGAGAGAAGGACAAAAGCAAGAACAAAAAGUGUUACAGGGCUUCUACAUCUGUCAAGAAACUUGAAGGCGAUGCAGAGGAAGACCUGGACUUAGAAGCAGGCUUGUUAUCAAAGAGUGGUGGUGGUGAUGUUCAAUGCAACUCAGGUUGUUGUGGUGAUAAGAAGAGUCAAGAGAAGGUGAUGAUGAUGAAACCAAGCAGUAAAUCCAGUUCUGAACAUCUUCACUCUGGUUGUUGUGGCGAUGAGAAGCAAGAGAAUGUAAAGCUGCUUGCGAGAGAGAGCUGCUGCAGUGGGAAGAGUAAGAAACCAGAGGGAGAUAUGGCUUCAUUGAGCUCAUGCAAGAAGUCCACUCAUGUCAAGAAUGACCUGAAACUGAAAGGUGGUUCUGGUUGUUGUGCUAAGAAAAAAGAGAAGCUUGAAGAAGUAGUGGCAAAGAGCUGUUGUGAAGAGAAAGAGAAAGCAGAGGGAAACGUGGAGAUGAAGUUUCUUGGCCAGGAAUUAAUUGAUUUGGAGAAAGGUCUGCAGAAAAAGGUUGGGGAAACCUGCAAAUCAAGCUGUUGUGGCACUAAAGAUAAGGCUAAAGAAACAUCUUACAAGGAGCAGGGAGGGCUGAUCAAGGUUGAAAGAAACUACAAGUCUGGCUGCUGCGAGAAAAACGAGACAGUGAAACAAAGCUGCCAUGAGAAGGCAGGUCUGGACAUUGAAGUUAGUGGAAGCUAUGAUUCCAAGUUGGUCUGUUGUGGAAACACAGAAGAGGAAGUGAGAGAGGAAACUGAUAUUGAGAAGAUCCUGCAGUUAAAGAAUGAAGGACAGUGCAAUUCUGGUUGCUGCAGUGAUGAAAAGAAAACAGAGGAAAUAACUCUGGCUUCUGAAGAAGAGAAAGACAGUCUGGAUUGCUCCUCGGUAUGCUGCGAGAACAAGACCACCGUGAAACAAAACUGCAAUGAGAAGACAGGUCUAGACAUUGAGACUGGUGUAAGUUGUGAUCUCAAGUUGGUUUGUUGUGGUAACAUAGAAGGAGAAGAAGUGAAAGAGCAAUUUGAUCUUGAGAUGAAGAAUGAAGAAGGACAAUGCAAGUCUGAUUGCUGUGGUGGUGAUGAAAAACCAACCGGAGAAAUCACUCUGGCAUGUGAGGAAGAGACAGAAGGUUCAGAUUGCUCCUCAGGAUGCUGCGGUAACAAGGAUGAAGUGGAACAAAGCUGCCAUGAGAAGGCUUGUCUGGACACUGAAGCUGGUGUAAGUUGUGAUCUCAAGUUGGUUUGUUGUGGAAGCACAGAAGGAGAAGUUAGAGAGAAAUAUGAUCUCGAGAAGGAUACAAAUAGUUCAGAUUGCUCCUCGGGAUGCUGUGGAAACAAGGAGGAAGUGAAACAAAGCUGCCGUGAGAAGACAUGUCUAGACAUCAUAAGUUGUGAUCCCAAGUUGGUUUGUUGUGAAAAAACAGAAGUGGAAGUGAGAGAGCAAUGUGAUCUUGAGAAGGGUCUGCAGAUAAAGAGUGAAGGACAAUGCAAGUCUGAUGAUUGCUGCAGUGUUGAAAAGAAAACAGAGGAAAUAACUCUGGCUUCUGAGGAAGAGACACAUAAUCCGGAAACUGAAAGUGGUGGUGAUUGUGAAUCUCUUUGUUGUGGAACUGGUUUGAAGCAAGAAGGGUCUUCUAGUUUGGUCAAUGUGGUGGAGAACUGUUGCAUCAAGGAGCGAGAGAUAGUGAAAGUCUCUAGCCAAAGCUGUUGCACGAGUCCUAGUGAUGUGGUGUUAUGCGACUUUCAAGUGAAGAAGGUAGAGAUUUGUUGCAAAGUGAAGACUCCAGAGACUUGUGGAUCAAAAUGCAGAGAAAGAGAGAAGAAGCUUCACAUUGGUAAAAGCUGUUGCAGGAGUUAUGCAAAAGAGUAUUGCAGCCACAGGCAUCAUCACCAUCACCACCACCAUCAUCACCACCAUGUGGGAGCUGUUUGAGGAAGAUUGUGAUUAAACAGCUUUAUCUCUCGACGCUUUCCGUCUUCAACAAAUGCUGCCGAGAAAAUAAAAAUUUAUAUGUAUACUUAUUGUUUUCCAGCAAAGGUUAUAGAUUUAGCUACUGUGUGAUUCAGAAAGACAAAUAGUGAUCCGUGUGAGACAUUUAUGUUUGCCAAAAUCCUAUAAGUAUUUCUCUGUUUUUAAGAUGCAGACAUUGUUGCGCAAACAAGUUUGAACUUCGAUCACAGAGUCUUAAUAUCAAGGAGAAACAAGCAGCAGAAACACAGAUCUCAGAUCAAAGUGUGUGUUACCACCAUUCACAUUGAUAGAAACCAGAGAGGAGGAUGAUUUAAUGAAUCUGUGAAGGAAAAGAGCAAAUGAGGUCAAAAGAAGAUGAUUCUUCAUUGAUCGAUGAGAUAACACAUAGUAAAUGUUGUUUCCAUCUAUAGAAGCUACACAGUGUUGUCCCUGAACUGGAUUCGUUUAAGCGUAUCAAAAGAUCUGAUUCUUGCUCCGCCUGCUCCCAUUAGGCGCCAUAGAGAGAAACCAUACCCACAGAGCACGAGUAAGAGCAGUGUUCAUCCUCCGAUAUCUGCAACAAAGCUCUUUCAUUUCAUCUUAGCCCAAAGGCAUUGCCAAACUCGUGCUUGAGGCAUUUCAGAUGCAGUUCGUACGGUGUUUCUUGCAGUAACGUGAACUUGAUCCUAGGAACCAUCGAUAACUCUUGUAACUUACAAGCUACAUGUUCGAUAACGUCAAGUCUUGUCGUAAGGGCAUCUGUACUGUAUCUCUCUGCAGAAUAAUCAUCAUCGAAAGCUUCUGGCUUUGGCUUUUCGGGAGAUUCAUCAUCAUAGACAUCAUCGUCUUCGGUUCUCAAAACCAAACCAAGAUCUCGAACCAACCACCGACUUCCUGCGAGACGGGGUCCACCGCAAAGAUGGACGAACUCGUCCUCCGUUACCAAGUGGUGUUCCGCUUUGGCUUCCCGCUCCAUCUUCUCGAGCGCUCGACGUUGUUUCAACCUCAGGGCUCUUCUGGUCUCAGCCGCGAUUCUAGCUUUCUCCCGAAGAAGGAGCUUUUCCCUCUCGAUCCUCGCCAUUCCAUCAGCGCUUUUAAGCUUGGACUUGACGAUGAUGUCGGCGAACCGAACCUUUAGCGUUGCCGCGCGAAGGGCUUUGCUUGUGGAUGACGAAGAAGAGAACAACAAAUCACGACCCAACCUCGUCGCUGUCGCCAUAACUUCCGGGGCACGAAACAGACAGAGACGAGAUAAUAGCGAUUUAGGGAAUCAAACAGAGACGAGAGAACAGAGAGAAUGGCGAUUUAGGGUUUUUGCCGCACGAAUCAAACAGAGAGAAUUAGCGAAUUAGGGUUUUGUUGCCGUGAUCAAGUGUAUGGAACGG